UUCUUCUCGGGUUCCGGAUCCAUCCUUUAGCGAGACCUGCAAAUUGUGAACAAAUUCGAUCAGAUGCGGUAUCUACACUUUUCCUUUUUUUCAUGCGAAUAAUCGAACCAUUAAAAGAUCUCUGGGUCACAACUCUGCCUUGGUUUGGGAUUUCGGUUGACUUUGGGACCACAAACGCCGGCCAUUUCUAAAUUUAGCUUUCACUGAUGCUGCUCUUCUUUUUUUUCCCCCCGAGUAACGAGAAGCAUGAGCCCCUUGUUUUAUCGCUGAUGGUCUCAACUGCAUACCGAAGCCCUUCUGGUGGGCCGACCGACAUGGCAUCACGACGGCAUGUUCGAUAUACUCCUCUUUCCAGAGAGGAUGGGGAUGAUGACAGUGGAAUGGUCAGAGAAGAAGACCUCCGAUUUGCCUACAACCCUAAAGCUCUUGAUAGAGUUCCAUGGAAGUCGAUUGCCCUCGCACUUUUCCUUCUUGCCCUAGGAUCAGUUCUUCUCUUCCUGUCAUUCUUCAUCCUCACGGGCCACAUGGGGGGCGAUCAAUCCCAGGCAUAUGGUCUUAUGGUGCUUGGCAUACUUGCAUUUCUUCCUGGUUUCUAUGAGACCAGGAUUGCAUAUUACUCUUGGAGGGGAGCCCCUGGAUAUAGGUUUGCAUCCAUACCUAAUAAAUGAACUUUCCAGUUUUCUUUGUACUAGUCUGGCCACCAUCAGUUGCUCUUUUUGCCAUGGAGCCAGGCACAUGAAUAAGAACUGGUUUAGGUGUUAUGAAUCUGCUGUAUGUACAGUAGAUUAUUUUCUUAAUCUGUGUUGUGAUCGCAAUAGACUCAAGCAGUGCAAUGGGACUGAUGAAACUCAUAAAAAGAAUGUAUGGUACGAUGUUUCAUCUCGUAAUGUUGAUUAUAGAAAGACACAUGGCAUAAGUACUUAAAACCCCUGUUUUCCUUUUCA